GUUGUGUUCAACAGCCCAAUGCCAUAAUAGAAAAGCCAUUGUACUGGUACUUAUUAGAUUAUCUAAGUACCAGUAUGCAUUUUUUUUUAUCCGACAUAAUGAAACAAACUGAUGAAAGUGGAUAACUGGAAGUGGAGGAAGUAUGAUUCCAGAGAUUUGACUGCGUUAGAAAACUAAGUACCUUAGAAGUGACCUUAAAAGAAAAGGUCCUUAGAAGUCUCCUAUGUGAUGUUGUAUAUGUUCUUUUUUUUAAUGUCAGUAAAUUUCCUCAGAAGCAUAUUUUGUUCAUCACUUGUUUUAGCUUGAAACUCUUAUGAUGGUGAGAAAAUUCAUCAAGGGUAAGAUGUUUGAUCACCAGGUACUUAGCCGUGCAAAAUUUCCUCUCUUUUUUACCAUCACACUUGUUGGCAUGAUCUUUAUCAUCUACACAGACAGUAUCAUAUAUGAUUCUUUUGAGUUUAGUAAUAAUGACAAUUUUAAGGUCUUGGAGGCUCAUGAGAGAACUGAACGACAACUGAGAUCAAGUAAUGGUAACAUGUCCAUGCAAGAAGAGAUUGAUGAAGUUGAAGAUGAAAAUUGGAAAUCUUUAGUCCCUCCUUUGAGUGCCACAGAAGAACAAAGAAUUGCUUGGUUCCGGGAAAAGAUGCCAAAGUUUGAGAUUUUAAAGUCAAACAACUUGACAAGGCUAUUUCAUAGUCGGGUUAAGGAAUUCUUUAACAGUGGUUGUGAGACACAGUUCUUCAUGACUUGGAUUUCACCAGCAAGGUCUUUUGGAAGAAGAGAAUUCUUCAUGUUGGAGAGCCUUUUCAAGGCACACCCUACUGUAUGUCUAAUGAUUCUGUCAAGAAGUAUGGACUCUGGAAGAGGGCACAGAAUUUUGAAACCUCUAGCUGAUAGAGGAUUCAAAGUCAAUGCAGUGACGCCGGACUUGGCAUUUCUAUUCAAGAAUACCCCAGCUGAAGCUUGGUUUAAGGAGAUGAAGAGUGGGAACAAGGACCCUGGUGAGAUUCCAUUAGCUCAGAAUUUAUCCAAUUUGAUCAGACUUGCAGUAUUGUACAGGUAUGGUGGGGUUUACUUGGAUACAGAUUUUAUUGUUCUAAAGCCUUUUACCAGGUUGAAGAACUCAAUUGGUGCACAAAGUAUGGAUAUGGAAACUAAGAACUGGACCAGGUUAAACAAUGCAGUUUUGAUUUUUGAUAUGAAUCAUCCACUUCUGCUCAAAUUCAUGGAGGAAUUUGCCUCGACUUUUGAUGGAAAUAAAUGGGGUCAUAAUGGUCCCUAUUUGGUUUCCAGAGUGGUUGAGAAUAUAGGAAAGCAACCUGGUUAUAACUUCACAGUCUUGCAGCCUAUGGCCUUCUAUCCUGUUGAUUGGAUUAGGAUAAGCAGACUUUUUAUGAAGCCAGCAAACCGUUCUGAUUCUAGAUGGGUACAAGACAAACUGCUUCAGCUCAGUGGAGAGACUUAUGGGGUACACCUAUGGAACAAGCAAACCCGCAAUUUGAGAAUCGAAGAAGGAAGUGUCAUGGGAAGUCUAAUCCUAGAGCACUGUCUCAUUUGCCAACACAUAUAUAGUUCUUAAAGAAGGAUGAUCUUGUUGAUUGAUAUUGCUUGAAUUGACUGUUAAAUGAGCUAAAGGGUAUAUUUCUUUGUAUUCUUUGUUUAUUUUUUCUUUUUCAACUUCUGUUGUUGUUUAUUAAUAAUUAUUUGACAGUAAAUCUCAUACAGCUUAACAGUGGUAAUAGACAUUCACUAUGCUGAGUCGUGAUGUGAUAAUGAUGGGUAUUUUGUAUUCA